AUGUCACUGUGUCGAAAACUUGUUCAGGGAGCACUUUUCAAAAGCUCCUCAUUUCGCAUACUAAAUUCUCGGUCUUUCACAACUCAUGAUGUGGAUUUGGUCGUUAUUGGAGCUGGUCCGGGUGGCUAUGUAGCAGCAAUUAAAGCUGCUCAGUUGGGUUUGAGAACUGUAUGCGUUGAAAAAAAUCCAUCGCUAGGUGGCACAUGCUUAAAUGUCGGGUGCAUACCAUCAAAAUCAUUAUUAAAUAAUUCAUUGUAUUAUCAUAUGGCUAGGAGCGGAAAUCUUGACAGUCGAGGUGUUGAAGUCCAACCAAAGUUAAAUUUGGAGAAAAUGAUGGCUGCAAAAACGGCAUCUGUUAAGGCGUUAACUGGAGGAAUAGCAAUGUUGUUUAAAGCGAACAAAGUAACGACAGUCACUGGAGUAGCUACUAUCACAGGUGUAAACGAAGUCACUGUGAGACUGACCAAAGGUGGUUUAGAGAAAAUUAAUACUUCUAAUAUACUCAUUGCAUCGGGUUCCGAAGUUACACCUUUUCCGGGUAUACCCAUUGAUGAAGAGCAGAUUGUUUCUUCAACGGGUGCACUGUCUUUGAAAAAGGUACCAAAAAAAAUGAUUGUAAUCGGUGCAGGUGUUAUUGGUACUGAACUAGGAAGUGUAUGGCAGAGACUUGGAGCUGAAGUAGUGGUUGUUGAAUUUCUGGGGCAUGCUGGUGGAGUAGGCAUUGACAUGGAAUUAGCUAAACAUUUUCAAAGAUCUCUUACAAAGCAAGGAAUGAAAUUCAUGAUGAAUACAAAGGUAGUCAGUGGAAAAGUGGAAGGGAAUCUAGUAAAGAUAGAUGUUGAAAAUGUCAAGAAUGGAAGCCAAACAACGCUGGAAGCAGAUACUGUUCUUGUUGCUAUUGGUCGGCGGCCAUACACAAAAGAACUUGGUAUUGAAACCAUUGGCAUAAAAUUAGAUUCGAAAGGGCGCAUUCCAGUAAAUGAACGUUUUCGUACUUCAAUUCCAUCUAUUUUUGCAAUUGGUGACGUAAUUGCUGGGCCAAUGCUGGCGCAUAAAGCAGAGGAUGAGGGGAUCUUGUGUGCUGAAGGUAUUGCAGGUGGUUCGACACACUUGGACUAUAACUGUAUUCCUUCAGUUAUUUACACACAUCCAGAAGUUGCAUGGGUCGGCAAGUCAGAGGAGCAAUUGAUGAGUGAAAAUGUGCAAUAUAAAAUUGGCAAGUUUCCAUUCAUGGCAAAUUCUCGAGCUAAAACAAAUGAUGACGUCGAAGGAUUUGUGAAGAUUAUAGGCGACAAGCAGACAGAUAGAAUGUUGGGAGCUCACAUUAUUGGACCAAAUGCUGGUGAAAUGGUUGUUGAGGCUACCCUUGCAAUGGAAUACGGAGCUUCUUGUGAAGAUGUUGCUCGAGUUUGUCAUCCACAUCCUGUGAGUUUCAAUGAUUUUUGA